UUAGGCCUUAAAGGAUAAAUAUGAAUUUAGAUUCCAUUCAUCGAUUAAUUGAGGAAACACAAAUGUUUCAGAUGCAGCAGUCAUCCAUGAAACCACACUGUGACAUGGUAGCACCUUCCUCAGCCCCCAAGGAUACCUGUAAUUCCUGUUUCUCUCUUUAUGGGCUACAAUCUCAUGCUACCCACAAUUUCUGUGCUCACUCAUGUAACACCAGUGAAUGGGAUAUUUGUGAAGAACUUCGCCAGCAGGAACUUAAAGAGGUCAAGGCCAGAGCUGCUCAGAUGGAAAAGACUAUGCGAUGGUGGUCAGACUGCACUGCCAAUUGGAGAGAAAAAUGGAGCAAAGUUCGAGCAGAAAGGAACAGUGCCAGGGAGGAAGGAAGACAACUCAGAAUAAAAUUGGAGAUGACGAUGAAAGAAUUGAGUGCACUGAAAAAAAAGCAAAGUUUGCCACCUCAAAAGGAGGCAUUAGAAGCUGAAGUUACUCGGGACCUGAAACUUCCUAGUUUUGUAGAAGAGUCCUUUCAACAUAGAGAAGAAUUUCUACUUAGUUCACAAAUGUCCGAGUCUAUCAGAGUGGAUUUGGUAAAAAGACAAUUUCCUACAAAGGAGAACACAAAUAGUAAGGAAGAAGGUGUGGUUAUUGAUCCAUUAAAAUUAAGUAAUCAGAUGAAACCCAAUCUAGAUUGUAUUGAUUUAUUCAAGAAUGAGAGUUCUGGAAAUGGUGUAAUGAAACCUGGGCUGAGACUGCAAGCAAUAAAUCUGCCUUUGGAAAAUGAAGUAACUGAAAUUUCAGCUUUGCAGGUGCAUUUGGAUGAAUUCCAAAAAGUCUUAUGGAAGGAAAGAGAAAUGCGCACAGCUUUGGAAAAAGAAGUAGGACGACUGGAGUCAGCUUUGUCUCUGUGGAAAUGGAAGUAUGAAGAAUUAAAAGAAUUGAAGCCGCAAAAUGUGAAAGAGUUUGACAUUCUUCACAAUCAACAUAAAAAUGAAAUGGAAGAAAUAUCAGGAGAUAUAAAGAAAGAAUCUAAAUCUCAAAACAGCAAGGAUAGAAUGAUCUAUGAAUUAAGAACAGAGCUAGAGAGAUUGCAGGCUGAAAAUGCCUUCGAGUGGGACAAGAGGGAAAUACUUGAAACAGAAAAACAAGGUCUGGAGAGAGAAAAUAGAAGGCUCAAGAUCCAGGUAAAAGAAAUGGAAGAGCUCCUGGAUAGGAAAAAUGGAUUAAGUGCAAACUCUCAAGAUCCUGAUUUCAAGAUUUCACAAAUUGAUCUGCAAGAGAAAAACAAGGAGACCCAAGGAUUACGUGUGGAGGGUAGGAGUACCAGAUGA